UUAAAAACGUUCCUGUUUGACCCGGAGCGAGUCGACUGCUUUGACUCCCGGACAGUGGACCGUUCAAUAGAAACGAGCAGUUUCGGUCGUCACCGGUGGAACUUUCCAGCGUCUACAUAAGCUCGCAGCUCAGCGGAGCAGCCGCAUUGUCGCUUUAGUGACGACAUCGGAUAGUUCAACUCCGGGUAAGACAAAGACGCGCUGCUUUUAGCUGGAAAUUCGAAUAUUUCGACGGUUCUGAGUUUUAAUCCAGUUUGCGGAUUUGAAGGCAAAUACCUGGUUAGGUCUUGCUUAUAUCGACGUUAUCUACACGAAGAAACGAGCGACGGUUUCGAACUACAUACGACACGUCGGCGGCUAACAAGACUAGACGAUGGCCAAGGGAGAGGAUCCUCGCUCUGAAAUGGCUCAUGCUCGCCAGACUGACGGCAUCAAUGUAAUCUUUGACCAGAACAGCCCUGGUUCAUCUCGGUCCCGAUCCAGGAGCAGCUCCAGGAGCAGCUCCAGCAGUAGCCGCGCUUCUGGCCGCUACAGGGGGCGUGAUCGCCACAGGGGCCGUAACCGGUCGUCGUCCUCCUCAUCUUCUUCAUCCUCAUCAUCCUCCUCCAGCAGCAGGUCUUCCUCUCGCUGCAGGUCUCGCUCUCACCCCCGCUGCCACAGGCAUUCCUCACGCUGCCGCUGUGAUAACUAUUACAGAUAUAGUCGUGGCCACUACCGCCGCUCACCCCCACGCCGCUACCGAGCCCACUCUCGUUCCUACAGCCGCUCGGUAUCUAGAGACAGGGACGCCUAUCGCAGGCGGUACAGGUCCCGCUCAAGGUCCUCUGGCAGCUGGAGGUCCAGCAAGCGCACAAGCCGGCUUCGUUACAGGUUCUCCAGAUCUCCAGUCAGAAAGUACCGGUACCGCUCCAGGUCCAGAUCUUCAGGAUGCUCAGUCAGCUUGAGUUUGAAGGAAAAGAGAGCACUCCUUGAAGCCGCUAAGGCCAAUGCUAUGAAGAUCCUAGGAGUGGAGAAGCUGGAACUUCCAGAGAGUGUGAAAUCCAUCCUGCCAGAGCAGUCGGAGGCCAAGUGGGUGUCAACUGAAACGGAGGCAGGGGUGAGACAAGACCCUGAAAAGGAAACACAGGAAGUCCCUAAUUUCUGGAAUGUACAAAAGGUACGUCCCAUACAACAUGCACAUACAUAAAAUAUGUACUGUGUUCAACAUAGAAUAAUGUCUAUUUUAUUGGUCUAUGUUCUGUUGAAUUUCCUGUCUUUUGUUAACCUUCAGACCCCCGGGGGAAACACACACGCUUUCUGUAUUUAUUCCUGUCUUCAUAGAUAACAUGACAAUGGUCUCCUUCACUCAUCGACUCCUGGGAUUAAAAGGCUGUCAUGUGACUUGGGUGACAACAAAAAGUGUUUGUGAAAGGUUGACUUUUGUAAUGUACUGUUGUUGUAUCAACUAGAGAUUUACAACACAACAAAGAUUUCCUUACGUUUAGUGCAUUUAAAAGCUAACACAUAGAAUACUAAAUGAUAUCCAAGCAACUCAGUUACCUUUUUAUGUAGAAAGGCAGUAGGAUCUUGACAUUACAAAUGUAUUUAUGUUUGAAGUUGAAAUGGGUCAUUGUUAUUUAGCAGAAUCUUCCACUCGCUGAUGGAGCACAGGCGUGUGGACUGCGUUAUAGUGACUAAAACAGAUGAAGAACUCCUCUCCAUAUGCCAGAGAUAAGUUGGUACACAAAGCAGUGUGCUGAGGGGCUGGGAAACCUUCACCAUCAUUUUGACAGAGACAGAAGAAAUGAUUUUUACUUUGACAUGUUAGCUUUUGAUUUUUUUUUUUUUU